AUGGGUGUUGACGGCGACGCGAUCGACCCGAUAGACUUCCCACCGGGGAUCUCUCUCGAACGAACGCACGGAAUCAACGUCUUACGCGUCCGGGACCACCCGCUGGAUGUUCCAAAGUGUCUGAAAACGCUCUCGCAUCCAGCUUCCGGCGCCGACGUGCGCGUGAUCGGGAGCGCGCACGUCUCGGCGGACAGCGCGCGAGAGGUGCGGAGGGUGAUCACCGAAAAUAAGCCCGAUCUCGUGGUGAUCGAGCUCGACGGCGAUCGAUUAAAGGCUUUACUCAGGAGCGCGAGCGAGGAGCGACCGGCGGCGCACGCCGCGCGCAGGGUGGCGACGCCAAGAGAGGCGCUGCGAACGAUGAUGGCGGGCGAGAUACCGCUCGUGGUAGGGAGUUUAGGUUACGCCGUCGUGGGGGCGGUGUUGGAUUGUAGACCAGGGGCGGAGUUUAUUGCGGCGGUGGAGAGCGCGAGAGACGUCGGGGCGACUGUUGUCUUGGGUGAUAGAAGUCAAAAAGCGACGAUAGGAAGGCUGUACGCGCGCGUUCGUCGUGGUUCGACCGAAUUCGAUCGUUUGGUUUCGUCGAAAGAGACGGUGUACGAGACGAACGGGCCGGAAGCGGGCGAAGACGAAUCGCCGUUAUCGCCUUCGUCGUCGCUCGAUGCUCGUCAAACGCGUCGAGCGAACGUCAUCGCGGCCAAGCUGCCACAGGUUGCAAGGAUCAUGGAAAAAGCUGGGUGUAAGAAUAGUGAGGCGGUGGUGAAAACGAGCCUGGAGGUGCUGGAUAGCGCAUUGAAGGGGAUGCCCAUCCGCGUGGAUGAUCUGUUAAAAGUUCGCAAAUGCGCGAAACGUGUGGUUGAAUUUGUGCGAGUUGAAUCAUUCAAUGGCAAUCCAAUGUUUACUCCAGGGUCGCAAAAAGGUGGACAGAAAGAGAGUAUAAUGGACUGGGCGACGAAGCAGACCGUGGUUCGCGAGCGGGACUUGAUCCUGGCGACGGCUUUACAGCGGGAUCCCACAGUGCAAUCGAUAGUCGGCGUCGUCGGAGCUGGUCACGUCGAGGGCAUUUCAAAGCUCUGGGACGAAAUUGAAAGCUCUGAUUCGAAGAAGAAGUUUAACGAAUAUUUGAACGAGUGGCCCGAAGACGCGAAGCCGAUGGACUACACGAACAGGAUCAUCACCAGCGUCAUCGGCGCGGCGGCACUCACUACUAUUGUCCGUCGUGGAUCUCCGCGGAGUGUGAAGCUCGCCGGUGCAUUCGUCGGUACCGUGCUGACCGUUGGUGCCGUAGGGACGUACAUUGGCGUAUCGGGGUUAGUCGCGCUCGGUCGCGUCGCCGUAGCGAUCGAAGAUGCUUCUAUCAGAGCCGCAGAGCUCGGUAAUCGUGAAGAUUCGGCGCACGCACCGGGUGCUUUUCGUAACAUCAUAGUUCGCGACGCGGCCGUGCCUUUCAACAAGAAUCAAUAG